UUCAUACAUUUCAACAAGCCUAGCCUCCAGUCGACGCAUCCAUUUGAGAGAUAUAUUGUUAUCAAGUGACUUAGGAACUAUGGAUUUCUUCUCGAUUAACUCGUCCCAGUCAGCGUUAGCCACUAUUGGCGGUGUCUGCGUUGGGUUUCUUAUCCUCUUUACCGUAGUUCAAAAAUCCGAGUUCCGACAUAUCCCAAAAAUCAAUGGGAUAUACAGUCAUCUUCGUCGGCGUGUGGAAGCCUGGAUGUACUUGUUUGACGGGACACACAUCAUCGAGCGCAAUUUCAACAAGGCCAAUGGAAAUCCCUUCGAGGUAUUCUCCCCAGAAAAUCGCUAUGUGUUCGUGUCGUCAAGAAAACAUAUCAAAGAACUUGACUCGGCUCCGGACACAGUAUUGUCCCUCCAAGCUGCGUCGAAGGAGAUGCUUCAACCCAAGUACACAAUGCAUGGUUUUAACUGGUUUGACCGAAGGGGGACUGAGGGAAUUGGCUUUGUCCGGGCCCUUCGCACUCUCCUUACAAACAACGUGCCUCAAAUAGUUCCAGAGCUCAGUGUUGUCGUCCAACAACAGUUCCUUGAACUAGGCUUAGCGCACGGAGAAAAGAAUGGUUCAUUCAAAAUUCCGAUCUAUCCGUCGAUAGUACAACUUGUCGUUCUCUCGAAUGCCCUCUCAUUCUUCGGCAAGGAGCACGCAAACAACAAAUACUUCAUGGAGUCUGCCCUGAUGUACAUUGAAGAGACUAUUAUGUGCGCUGAGAUCGUCAAGUUGCUCCCAGGGUUCUUGUCACCUUUGAUUGGGGGCCUGAUAGCAAGGCGACUCAAAUCCCACGAAGUCAUCUUUCAAACUCUGCUAGAAACAGCAGAAGAGCGGUGUCGGGAAAGAGAUCAGAAGCAUCUUGGUCAAACUGUGCCACAACAUGCCGAUUGUAUUCAAUGGAUCAUGGAGACAUCACCGCGCGAACGGCCCUGGACCCCGGAGCGUAUAGUUCACGAGCUGAUGGCGAUUUGGUUUGGCUCUGUGCAUGCAAUGGCUACUACGAUAACAUUCGCAGUCCACGACCUUUGUCUUCACCCGAGUUACAAGGAGCCACUCCUGCAGGAAUGUGUUGCGGAUUAUGAGAAAUUCCAAGGAAGUGGAAUGGGACUUCCGCUCCUUGACAGUUUCAUCAAAGAGUCUGCGCGACUAACGCCUGUAGAGUCAAUGAGUACUCGACGAGCUGCUCUCCAGCGCUUCACCCUCUCUGAUGGCACCACUAUAUCUCCCGGUGAGUGGGCUUGCACGCCCGUCCGCGCUAUAAUGCAGUCUGCCGAGCAUUAUCCCGAGCCGACUACUUUCUAUGGCUUCCGGUUCGCAAACCAGACCGCAGUAGGAGAGUCAGAUACUACUGGCGACUUGAAUUUCAGACAGCCAAGCCCGUCCAAGCUUACCGACGUAGACCACGCCUGGCACGUUUGGGGAACGGGGAGAAUGGCUUGUCCCGGAAGAUAUUAUGCGACGGCGGUGAUGAAAGUGAUCAUGGCGCAAAUAAUAUUGAAUUAUGACUGCGAGCUGGAGGAUGCCCAACAGCCCCGUUGGUUCUCGUGGCGCUCGACGGUGCUGCCAAGGAAAAAUACCAUGGUCCGCUUCACAUCAAGAUGCAUUUGAAGGAGCUUUCUGUAGGACUCGGCGUCAAUUGAGGCAGAGCUCGGCCUCUUGGCGAAGUUUACAAUGUCGUAUCUCAUCGAAUGGAAUUGUCCUCGUCGUGUUAGUUAUAAGUUAUAUAUCUCUUCAUUUCGUGUUACACGCUCGUUGAUUCAGA